CUCUAGCUCUAUUGAGAGAGGUGGAGCACCCAGAGAAAAAGUUCUGUCGGCUUCUCCAAUCUCUCUAGGGCUUCCGGGCGGUUCUCCUUAAAGUUUUGCUACACAAGCUUGCGGUGCCCAUUUUCUCAUUAAUUUCUUUGUCUCCUUCCAUUGAAAAUCCAUUUAAAGCCUCGUAGCAGCGAAAUAGGCUCAUUAAAACCUCUCCUUCUAUCUUCUCCGUCACUCUCGACCCGUCGCUUUUGUGUCCCUCCUAAUAAAGUACAACUCAUCCGUUCCUUUUGCCUUUCCCUUUCUCCUUUUAAUUCUUCACAUAGUUAGAUCGGGGUGGUUCCCUAAGCUGAGGUUGAAACGGGAUGCUAACUUGCAUCGCUUGUUCGAAGCAGCUCGACGUCGGAUCGCUCAAUGAGCCGGACGAUAACGAUGAUGCCGUAGCCGGCACACCGAGCACCCGCCAGGCCAUCAAGGCCCUCACGUCCCAGAUCAAGGACAUGGCCUUGAAGGCCUCGGGGGCUUACCGCCAUUGCAAGCCAUGCGCCGGAUCGACGCCUGGAAGGCGUUACGAGGACUCAUCUGUAUCUGCGUCGGGAUCGGAGCGGUUUCUGUAUUCUUACCGGCGCGCUUGUGCUGGCGGCAGGAGCUACGGAUCGACACCUGUUUUCCGGGGCCUGUCAAGCGACGAGGGGACGCCAUUGGAGAGAGGCCGGACUCAGUUAGCGGCAGCCGUGGUGGCGUCGUUCAUGGAGGAAGAGCCGAGGGAUUGGGUCGCCCAGGUCGAGCCCGGUGUUCUCAUUACCUUUCUGUCAUUGCCCCAGGGCGGGAACGAUCUCAAGAGGAUCCGCUUCAGCCGCGAGAUGUUCAACAAAAGGCAAGCCCAACAGUGGUGGGGUGAGAACUAUGACAAGGUGAUGGAGCUCUAUAAUGUGCAGGGGUUUAACCGCCAGGCUAUUGUUCUUCCAACUCCUCCCCGCUCAGAAGAUGAGAGUACCAAGAUGGAUUCAAUAGAAGACAGUCCAGUGACACCACCGCUGAGCAAGGAGCGUCUCCCUCGCAAUUUCCACCGUCCACUGAGCUGUAGCAGUGCUGCUUGUAUGGGCUAUUCCUCGUCAGACUCAUUGGAGCACCAUCCAACCCACCGUCAGCACCACUCCCAACAACAACAUAACCAUCAUUUUGGGAGGCAUGGCUAUGGUUCAGGUGGCUUAGCUUCAACGCCAAAGUUAUCUAGUAUUAGUGGAGCUAGGACAGAGACCUCAUCUAUGGAUGCAUCAGUGAGAACUUGUUCAUCACCAGAGGAUGCAGAUCAUUCUGGGGAGUUGUCAGCCUCAAUGAGCAAUGCAAGUGACCUGGAGCGAGAAUGGGUGGAGGAAGAUGAGCCUGGUGUUUACAUCACAAUUCGUGCUCUGCCAGGUGGCAUUAGGGAACUCCGUCGAGUUCGUUUCAGCCGCGAGAGGUUUGGUGAGAUGCAUGCCAGAUUGUGGUGGGAAGAAAAUAAAACAAGGAUACAUGAGCAAUAUCUCUGAAACAGUAAGGUUACAUAGAGUUCGUUUGGGACGGCUUUCUUUCUACUUCUUAAAGCAGCUUUCUAGUACAAAUAUUUAAAUUUUGUACAAAAAAAGCUGCUUUAAGAAGCAGAAAGAAAGCCGUCUCAAACGAAGCCUUAGUCAUCAAGGUGGACGGGGCCAAGCCAUCAAUUAAAUUGAGUUGGAUUUAUAUCAAGUUGUGCUGAUCUUUGCCAGUAAGUUUGCUCAAUGUUUUUAUUUGUUUACUUGCUUUUCCCCAUUUUUUCUUCUUUGAAAUUUGUUAGUUAUGCUGUAUUGGGGCUUUUCAUAUUUGGAAUGUAGAUUGUAGGUGAGAAGUUUGUUGAAUGAAAAGUAAUUAUAUUCCCUAUCAUUUCAUAUUAUCUUUUAUCAACUUGCAGUUGGAAUUAUUUAAAUGUCUCUUGUUUUGAUGAACCCGAAAUACAUUGUAGCAUUUAUGCACUAUAAAGAAGUAAAUUGAAGGGUUUUUUUUUC